AUGUCCAACCCUUCGGUGCACUCCACUGAAGGCCAGGAGGCUCUUCACGAACUCCCCUCUCCCAUCGAAUUCUCCUCUUCGCAUGCCCGUCGCAACCGCUCCUCAAACGACCCGUCCUCCCCCGUCAAGUACAAACACGGUUCUCCGCUUUCCCAACGGCAAUCCACCACUUCCCAUGUCGAUAUCGGUCACUUUGAUCUCGAAGGCGUCGAGCGGCUCCACAGGACCUACACCCGCGAAGCGGACGGGGGACAAGCAGUCACUCAAUCAAUUGCGUCUGCUGAGACUCUGUACGGAGACAUCAACGGAUCAUUCGACUUUGAGAAGACGAUGCGUAACGUGGUCAGAGAGAUGGACAGACAGGAACUCAAGCGCAGAGAGCUUGGAGUCCUGUUCAAGGAUCUCCGCGUGGUCGGCGUCGGAUCUUCUGCCUCGUUCCAGCCUACCCUGGGCUCUGUCCUCAACCCUCUCAACACUAUCGCUGAGCUCCGGCAGUCGUUGCAUCCUGCGACUCGCGACAUCCUCUCUGGAUUUGAGGGACUAGUCCAGCCAGGAGAGAUGCUGCUCGUCCUCGGACGCCCGGGGUCUGGCUGCUCCACUCUCCUGAAGGUCCUGGCCAACCAGCGUCAGGAGUACCACAAGGUCGAGGGCGAGGUUUUAUACGACUCCCUGACCCCCCGAGAGAUAGAGGCACACUAUCGCGGCGAUGUCCAGUACUGCCCUGAAGAUGACAUUCACUUCCCGACUCUCACCGUCGACCAGACAAUUCGCUUCGCCGCCGAGACGCGUACACCUAGACAACGUCUCGGUGGGGCGUCGCGCGAAGACCACAUUUCUCGCGUAACAGAUAUCGUGGAGACCGUAUUCGGUCUGCGUCAUAUCAAGGACACACUGGUGGGAAACGCGUCCAUCCGCGGGGUCUCCGGCGGCGAGCGCAAGCGCGUCUCCAUCAGCGAAGCAAUUGUUGCUCGUAGCCUGUUGAUCUCAUGGGACAACUCCACACGUGGCCUUGAUGCAUCAACGGCUCUUGAGUUUGUUCAGGCUCUGCGCAUUGCCACCGACAUCGCCCGGCAGUCGACAAUCGUUGCAAUCUAUCAGGCCGGCGAGCAACUCUACGAGAGCUUCGACAAGGUGUGCGUUGUCUACGAGGGCAGACAAGUGUACUUUGGUCCUGCCAAUCGCGCGAGGCAGUACUUCAUCGACAUGGGCUUCGAGCCGGCCAACCGUCAGACGACGGCCGACUACCUUGUCGCAGUGACCGACCCCAACGGCCGCACCGUCCGUGCCGGGUUCGAGAACCGGGUCCCCCGCACCGCAUCCGAGUUCGCCGCGCACUGGGCGAGGUCCGAGCUCGCACAGCUGAAUCGUGAAGAAAUGGAAUCCUACCGCGAGCAGUUCGUCGGCAAACCAGACCGUGUCAUGAACUACAAGCAGUCCUCCAAGGCCGAGCACGCGAAACGAGCGAACCCCAAGAGCCCCUACAUCGUCACCAUCGGGAUGCAAGCCAGCGCGCUCAUGCGCCGUCGCGUGCAGAUUAUCCGCGGAAACAUGACCGCCCAAGUCAUCCAGGUGUUCUCAUUCGUCAUCCAGGCGAUCAUCAUGGGAACGGUCUUCCUCCGGCUCGAGAACACGACCGCGGCGUUCUUCUCCAAGGGCGGUGUCCUCUUCUUUGCGAUGAUGUUCACGGCGCUUUCGGCCAUGGCGGAGAUUCCGGCACUGUUCUCGCAGCGGCCGAUCGUGCAGCGGCAAUCGCGCGUGGCAAUGUAUCAUCCCUUCGUCGAGGCGUUGGCUCUUACUCUCGUGGAUAUCCCCAUCACCCUGGUCACUCAGAUCAUCUUCAGUGUCGUGCUUUAUUUCCUCGUCGGCCUCGCAGCGACGGCCAGCCAGUUCUUUACCUUCUUCUUGCUUUCAAUGGCUUGCACCCUCGCCAUGAAGUCCUGGUUCCGUGUGCUAGCUGCAGCGUUCAAGAGCCCUGCGCCAGCCACAGCCGUGGCUGGUCUCAGCGCGCUGCUUCUCACUCUGUACACUGGCUACUCUCUGCCUCAACCUUACAUGCACGGCGCGCUGAAGUGGAUCACCUGGGUCAAUCCCCUCCGGUACGGCUUUGAGGCGCUGAUGGUGAACGAACUCCAUCACACCAAUGCCGAGUGCGCCUCCUUGAUCCCCCAAGGCCCCGCCUACGCCAAUAUCUCGCUCGAGAACCAGGUGUGCACGACCGUAGGCUCUGUCUCGGGACAGUCCACCGUCUCUGGUCUGGCCUAUGCUCAGCUCGCAUACGACUACUCGUACAGCAAUUUGUGGAUGAACAGUGGUAUCCUGAUCGUGUUCGGUGUCGGUUUCGUGGCUGUCCUUCUCCUCUUCUCCGAGUUCAAUCAAGGCCUCGCCGGUGACUCGACCGUCAUGCUCUUCAAGCGCGGCUCGAAAACCGACGUCGUCGUGGACAAGGGCGCUCCAGACGAAGAAAAGGGCAACAGCGCCUCGUCUUCCAUUCAGCGCGAGUCUGGCCGCCAGACGGAGAAGAUGGACGACGAUGCAUUCAAGACGCAUGAGACCUUCUCCUUCCAGCACCUCGACUACGUGGUUCCUGUUGCGGGCGGCACCCGUCAGCUCUUGGACGACGUUUCCGGCUACGUUCGCCCAGGCAAGCUCACGGCCCUCAUGGGCGAGUCCGGCGCUGGAAAAACGACACUUCUCAACGUUCUGGCUGAGCGCACGACCGGCGGCGUUGUCACUGGCGACCGGUUCAUGAACGGCUACCCACUUCCCUCGGACUUCCAGGCUCACACAGGCUACGUUCAGCAGAUGGACACUCAUCUGCCGGCGUCGACUAUCCGUGAGGCUCUGCUGUUCUCCGCGUGCCUCCGCCAGCCACAGUCGGUCCCUCUGAAGGAGAAGCAGGAUUAUGCGGAGAAAGUACUGCGUCUCUGUGGCCUCGAAGCCUACGGCGACGCAGUCAUCGGUUCCCUCGGCGUUGAGCACCGCAAGCGCACCACGAUCGCCGUCGAGCUCGUCGCCAAGCCGUCGCUCAUCUUCCUCGAUGAACCUACUUCCGGGCUCGACUCCCAGUCUGCGUGGGCGAUCACGAACUUCCUCCGCGACCUUGCCGACGCCGGCCAGGCUAUCGUCUGCACUAUCCACCAGCCGUCCGCAGAGCUCUUCCAGGUGUUCGACCGACUGCUGCUCCUCAAGAAGGGCGGCCAGACGGUUUACUUUGGGGAUAUCGGCGAGCGCUCGAGCACGCUCAUCAACUACUUCGAACGCAACGGCGCGAGGAAGUGCGGUGACGAUGAGAACCCGGCUGAAUACAUUCUCGACGCGAUUGGGGCGGGCGCCACGGCUAAUUCGACUAUCGAAUGGCACCCCGCUUGGAAGCGGUCGCAGGAGGCGAUCGAGGUGCAGCGCGAGCUUGAAAUCGUUCAUGCCGAAGGCCGCGCCAAGCCUGCCGUCGUCGCUCGUUCGCAAAGCGACUACUCCACUUCUUGGCUCUACCAAACCGGUCUUCUGUUGCGGCGCGAUGCAGCGGCUCAUUGGCGUGACCCGACGUACAUGCUGUCCAAGCUCAUGCUCAACAUCGCCGGGGCCCUGUUCAUCGGCUUCUCGUUCUACAACGCCGACUCGUCCAUCCAAGGGACCCAGAACCACCUCUUCGCGAUCUUCAUGUCCAUGAUCAUCUCAGUUGCUCUGGCCAACCAGAUACAGGUCGUCUUCAUCAGCAUGCGCAACAUCUUCGAGGUCCGUGAGCGCCACAGCAAGAUGUACAGCUGGUCCGCCCUCGUCACCUCCCAGAUCCUCAUCGAGCUCCCGUGGAACAUCCUCGGCUCCUCGCUCUACUUCGUCUGCUGGUACUGGACCGUCGGCUUCGCCAACGACCGCGCCGGCUUCACGUACCUCAUCAUGGGCGUCCUCCUCCCCUUCUACUACACCACCAUCGCCCAGGCCGUCGCAGCGAUGGCGCCCGACGCGGAGAUCUCGGCGCUGCUCUUCAGCUUCCUCUUUUCCUUCGUCCUCACCUUCAACGGCGUCCUGCAGCCGUACUCGCAGCUCGGCUGGUGGCGGUGGAUGUACCGCCUCUCGCCGUACACGUACCUCACCGAAGCCCUCCUCGGCCAGGCGCUCGGCCACAACCCCAUCCGGUGCUCCGCCGUCGAGCUCGUCUCCGUCACGCCGCCCGCGGGGCAGACCUGCGCCGCCUUCAUGGGCCCCUGGCUCGAGAGCGCGGGCGGGUACCUGGCGGACACCGCGAACGGCGCGUGCGAGUACUGCGCGUACGCGACGACGGACGCGUUCCUCGGCACGGCGUUCAACAUCUUCUACGACCUCCACUGGCGCGACUUCGGCAUCUUCGCGGCGUUCGUCGUCUUCAACGUCGCUUGCAUUUACGUCUUCACCUAUUUCUUCCGCGUCCGCACCGGGAGCUUAUUGAGCUUCCUCAAGCGGCGGAAGUAA